CCGGUGACCGUGAGUGAAUGUGUGGUGCAGUAGACUGUGGCGAGGCUGGCAGAAGGGAAACAGUGUGGUGUGGUGAAGCCUGGGACCAUAGUCACUGUCAACACCACCACCACUACAAGCCAUCAUCACCACCGUCUCCAUGCACCACUGUCCCUCCCCCACUCACCAUCACCACCACUACCACCACCACACCAACUCCACCCCUUCCACUGCACUCAUGGCCUCCAUAGCUGCCGCCUCCACCUCCACUCACAGGGAAAAGGAGUGUGAAGAGCCAUCAUGUACUAUAAGGUGUUCGUGCUGUGGGAUGCUGCGGUACCUACUGGUGGUGCUCGGCUUGCUGGGAUGCUGUUUAGACUAUAUGCUUCGCUUCAACAUCAGCGUCACUAUCGUGUCAAUGGUCAACACGACACAUACCCAGGAUGUAAACACCACCAGCUACAAGUGUCCCGCCGCCAUCAAUGCAUCAAGCGCUGCCCAGAAAACAACGGGCGGUGGGGAGUACGACUGGACGGACCGGGAGCAAGGCCUCGUGCUGGGGGUGUUCUUCUGGGGUUACCUGGUCACCAAGACGAUAGGUGGUCGCAUCGCCGAGCUGGUGGGUCCUCACCUGACCGUCACCGUGUCGAUUAGUUUGUGUGGGGUCCUGACACUCCUGACGCCCACCGUGGCUGAUCUCAGCCCCUACGCGCUUGCUGCUCUUCGUCUCCUGUUGGGGGUGUUGCAAGGACCUAUUUUCCCUGCCCUCUACUGUAUAAUAUCGAGAUGGGCCCCUGCCGGCGAAGUAGCUACGAUGAUUGCUGCGACUUAUUCGGGCAUGGGUAUAGGGGCACUGCUGUCCUUGGGGUUCUCCGCCAUGGUGGUCCAAGCCGUCGGGUGGCGCUGGAUCUUCUGGGGCGGCGGGAUCGUGACGCUGGUGUGGGUGCCCUUCUGGGUGAUCUAUGUGAAGGACAGCCCGGCGCAGCAUCCAGGGAUAUCACGCCGGGAGCUGAGUCUUUUGUCUGAAAACCAUAACGAACCAAGGAAAAGGGUGCCUUGGAGUCGCAUCUUUGCGUCGAGACACGUGUACCUGUUUGCACUGAUGGAGUUCAUCGGUGUGUGGGCCCAGGGCAUUUUAAUUACGGAGGGACCCACCUUUCUGACCACACAGCUCGGCCUUCACCUGGAUGUGGCGGGGAUGGUGGGCCUUGUGCUAACGGGGUGUGCCUUCGUCAUGUCCCUCGUGUAUGGCUGGCUCUCGGACCUGAUCAAGAGGAGGGAGUGGCUGCGGACCGUCAACAUACGCCGACUCAUGCAAGGGAUUGGGCUUACGGUGACGACGGUGGGCACGGUGGGUAUCCUGCUGGCUCCCUGCGACGCCCCGCUCGUGUCUGCCUCCCUGGUCAUGAUGAGCAUGGCAAUCCCCGUCAGCGUGGCCACCUACACCCUCGGCCCCAUGGACAUCGCGCCGAACUAUGCUGGUACGAUGAGCGGCAUAUACGGUGUUGGCAACAUUGCUGGCUUCCUGUCGCCUAUGUUUGUGUCUUACUUCAUCAGCAAGGAGAACGGCUGGACCAUCAUUUACCUCACCAACAUGGGCCUGUACGCCACGGGCAGCCUCCUGUACAUCAUCGGCGUGUCUGCCUCGGAAGCAGAGUGGAAUCUAUACGAAGAGAUUCCAGGCGACAACCACUCGACUCCGGAGAAAAAGAGACUGAAUGGGAAGGCGAUGUGAUCCUGUGGUAGGAGUGCAGUAAUAGCAAGUUGGCGGUGGCCGAGUGGUCAGUGCGCGGAGGUGGUGAUUCCCAAUGUUCAGUCCCAUCCAAAGCAGCUGACAAUGUAGUACAACCAUCGACGAGUGGCGGAAGAUUACCUAUACAUACUGUGCAGAUCUUCAGUCAACCCAACUUUAGCAACUUUGGUCAAGAGGAGUAGGCCUACCGUGGGGCAGCACGGGCCAAGCAAAUCAUAUAUCACGCCAGACACUCAAAAUAUAAUUCGCUAAGGGCCUGGGGCCGUCCAACAUGCCCCUUAAGAGAACCUACCUGCGCUGUGGGCAUCACCUUAAAAAAGUGGUGUGUGUGUGUGUGUGUGUGUGUGUGUGUGUGCAUGAGAGAGAGAGAGAGAGAGAGAGAGAGAGAGAGAGAGAGAGAGAGAGAGAGAGAGAGAGAGAGAGAGAGAGAGAGAGAGAGAGAGAGAGAGAGAGAGAGAGAGAGAGAGAGAGAGAGAAACGGGUCCUAGCAGUGAGGAAAGUCCACAGAGAGAAAUUCUAACAGUGCCACACAAAGGAUGGAAAGAUCAUGAUAAAACUAAAAAAAACUCCACAGUACGGCACACAAUUGUCGACGAGCAAUCCCUGUUGGUCUUCCUGGAUAAGUACCCUGCGAUAGAUAGAUAGAUAGAUAGAUACUUUAUUCGUCAAAUUGUAAUACAUUAAAUUUUGUAUACAAAAUGAAAUUUAUUUUGGCUUAAGAGCUCCCUAGUAGUUUUUUUUUUUUUUUUUUUUUUUUGUGACGGACACACAUCAAGAAAUUGCCUCUUCCGACUCGACUGCAACAAACUACAACUGCUACCACUUCGACCACUACUACCACUUCUCUGUCAAACAACUAUAAUAUCAAUAACUUCUAUCAGACCACUAAAACCAACACUGCCAAUAACAACAAUAAAUCCGUAAUCUUUACUACUACUACUACUACUACAAUUACUUCUACUACGACUACAACAACUACUACUACUACUACUACUACAACCACUACUACUACUACUACUACAAACACUACUACUACCACUACUACUACUACUGCUACUACUACCACUACUACUACUAUUACUACUACUACUACUACUACUACUGUGCCCCGUCGCUCGGAGCGGCUCAGAGCCAAGGCACCCGCUCAAGACUAGGACUAUGAGCGUGAAGGGGGGAGGGAGAUGUGGGUAAUGUUAUUUCUGAAUAUAGGCACCUUGCCUGGGGCAACACUAAUCCCGCGGUGUCAGCGGUUUUGACCGUUGUGGCCCCUCAGAGGCUGGCAGCGCCUCAGGGGCCAGUUCACCCCGUCUCUGUAUCGCGUACGCACGUACUCGUUCUUCUCUGUUACUUUCCAUAGAAUAUACGGACUUUAGUUUA